CUAGGCUAUCCUUGCAACCAUCCGACUUUCGGCCAGAACGCUCCUCACAAUCAUGAACCUGGGAGAGGACAAAGGAUAGGGACUGGUGCCAAAUUCGUUGCCCCAUGAAGACUGGCUUGGGUGGUGGGUACAUGGUACAUGCAUACAUGGUGGACGCAAACGGUCUCAUUCGAUUCCCGGGCUUUGAGUCGGCACAUCGGGACCCCUCACUCACUUCCAUCCACCAGAGCGGGAGGACAUGGUGCUAACCGGAAACAUACCAUCCCCGGUUUGAUUCCCCCCUUCGAUCUGAUAUCCUUUUCAUUCAUCGCCCAGCGCCCCGGCGUGUUCUUGCAGUCUAUGUGUUCUCCUGCUCUGUCGCCAUCAACCCAGAAUAUCCUUUCUCGUUUUCGCCAUGGCCCAAAAUCAUGUCAGCGCCGGCGGCUCUCCGGUUCCCUUUCUCAUCAAUGGCGAGCAAGUUCUCCCAGAAAGGAAAUUCGAUGUCGUGUCUCCGGCAACUGGCAAGGUCGUCCACCAGUGUGCUAGCGCCACCGAGGCCGAGGUCCGCUCCGCUAUCGACGCGGCAGCGAAUGCUUUCAGAAGUUGGAAGAAGACGCUGCCUCGUCAGCGCCGGGACAUCCUACUAAAGGCCGCCGAGAUAAUGGAGAGGAGAAAGGAGGAACUUGCUCAGUACAUGAUGGACGAGACGGGCGCCGCACCGGAAUGGGCCGGUUUCAAUGUCACUAUGUCCAAGGAGAUUCUCCUAGAUGUUGCCGGCAGAGUUGCGGCCGUGGAGGGUAGUGUUCCCCCCGUGGCGGACCCAAACUCGGGUGCCAUGAUUCUGAAGGAGCCUUAUGGAGUUGUUCUCGCAAUAGCCCCUUGGAAUGCCCCCUAUAUUCUUGCCAUGCGCUCGGUAGUGUUUCCCAUUGCCGCCGGUAACACCGCCAUCCUAAAGGGCUCCGAGCUGUCCCCCCGGACCAUGUGGGCUAUCGGCUCCGUGUUUCAAGAGGCCGGCUUACCGGCCGGUGUCCUGAACCUGCUGUACCACGAGCCGGCAAACGCGCCGGCCAUCACCCAGAUGCUCAUUGCUGACCCCAACAUCAAGAAGAUUAAUUUCACCGGCAGCACCAUGGUAGGCCGCAUCAUCGGCAAGCUAGCUGGAGAGCACCUCAAGCCCGUGCUCCUCGAGUUGGGUGGGAAGGCCCCGGCCAUCGUAUGGGAGGAUGCCGACCUCGACAACGCGGCGACGCAGUGCGCUUUGGGAGCCUUCCUCAACUCAGGACAGAUCUGCAUGUCGACCGAGCGGAUCCUGGUUCACAAAAAUGUGCGCGCUGAAUUCGAGAAGAAGCUUGUUGGCGCCAUCGACGCCAUUUUCGGUCAGUCCAAGGACGCGCCCGUUCUGAUCAACAGCACUGCCGUCGCCAAGAACAAGAAACUAGCCCAGGACGCACUCAGCAAGGGCGCUUCGCUCCUGUACGGCGACAUCAACGCCGCAGAGGCCAACGGAUCGCGCAUGCGCCCCAUAGUCCUCAGCGACAUCAAGACGGACAUGGAUCUUUACAAGACGGAGAGCUUUGGCCCCAGCGUGUCACUGUAUGAGAUCGAGACGGAGGAGGAGGCCCUGCGCAUCGCCAACGACACCGAGUACGGCCUCAGCUCGGCCGUCUUUACCGAGGACCUGCGCAGAGGCCUGCGCUUCGCCAAGGAGAUUGAGACGGGCGCCGUGCACAUUAACAGCAUGAGCGUCCACGACGAGAGCACGCUGCCCCACGGCGGCGCAAAGGCUUCGGGCUAUGGCAGGUUCAACGCCUCUGUGGGCCUGGAUGAGUGGGUAAGGACAAAAACUGUCACAUUCAAAUGGUAGACGGUUUACUCCGUUGAUUCGGUUGGUUUUCCUUGCUCUUGGGCGGACUGAAGGCAUGGCUCUGGUAGCGCAGCGCGGGUUUUCGAUACCAUUUGGUUGGAUAAUCGAGCGGCAUCUUGGUUUACGCGCGGGACGGAUUGUGUAUGUACUUUAAAACGAGCCAAUGGACCACCAUCCAUUCGGCGUCUUGCAUGUACUAAAAGCAAAUUGGUGGUUUUCUUUGACAUUUC